CGCGUGGCACCCACCCAUUUUUGACGUGGCACGUAUUCUUUGCCCCUGGAGCUCAGGUACAGCCCGCCUCGUCUCCUCACCACGCAACUAGCUUUUCAACCGCAGACGUAUCAUUUCAUCUGCAGUGAACCGCAUCAUCAUGAUUUACACGAGACAAUUCCUGGUGUUGGCAGCAUGCCUGUGCCUUCUCAUCGCCUGCGUUGCAGCCGCGCCACAGACCGUUAGCACGCCUGACUUGCUUGAGCGCAUGAGCUUGGAGGAGAUUGAGGAGCAGCUCCAGACUUGCCCAAUCGUCCAGCAGCUCAGCGCUGCCAAAGCUGCCGAGCACGCCGCCGCCCCCUCAUCGCUGACGACGCGACUUUUCGAGAUUCUGUUCCCCGGUUCCCCCGCCGUCAACGCCCUCCUCGCGACUCUCUACAUCUCUGGUCCUCCCAAUUUCCUGCUCGCCCUGUGCCCUACCGACAUUGACCCGUCAUCGCUGUCCAUCAUGGUAGCCUUUGCCGUCGGUGGACUUCUCGGCGACACACUCUUCCACCUUCUUCCCGAGAUCUUCUUGGGCGAGGACGAGGCUACUGGCGCGCGUUUCGUGCUUGUAGAGCCUAACAGGAACUUGGUGCUUGGUCUGGCUAUCCUCGUUGGCUUCAUGGUCUUUGUCGCCAUGGACAAGGGUCUGAGAAUUGCUACUGGUGCUUCCGGCCACGACCACGGACACUCACACUCCCACUCGCAUGGCGAUGCCCAGGUGGCUGUUGCUUCUGGAGCUGAUGUCAAGGGCGGAGAGGCGCGAUCACGCAAGAAGAAGGAUGAUACGGUUGCUGCUGCUGUCGAAAAGAAGGAGAUUAACCCCAGCGUUAAGCUCGGAGGCUAUCUCAACCUCAUCGCCGAUUUUACACAUAACAUUACCGACGGUCUGGCCAUGUCUGCCAGUUUCUACGCGUCGCCCACUAUUGGCGCCACUACUACUGUUGCUGUGUUCUUCCACGAGAUUCCCCACGAGGUCGGUGACUUUGCGCUGCUUGUCCAGUCUGGCUUCUCGAAGCGCGCUGCUAUGGGCUCGCAGUUCAUCACUGCUAUUGGUGCUCUCCUGGGCACGUUGAUUGGUAUUGCCGUUCAAGAGUUUGGUGGCAACAGUGGUGAUGAUGGCGUGUCCAUGGCACGCAAUGCCGGUAUUUGGGGAACUUCCCUGACUGCAGGCGAUCUACUUCUGCCUUUCACAGCCGGUACGUUCCUCUAUGUGGGUACCGUUGCUGUUAUUCCUGAGCUGUUAGAGACUUCGUCUGGAAACAAGAUGGUCGAGCUCCGCAAGACCGUCGUGCAGUUUGCUGCUGUUGCGCUUGGCGCGGGUAUUAUGUUGUACAUUUCAUGGCAUUAAAUGUUGCAUUGGGUUUGUAGAUCAAAAUAGGCGUUUGAUGAAAAGGGUUCAGAUCCGCGCGUUUUGUAUGGGUGGUUGUACAUGGAUUCGAGUAGAACAGUUGCAAAUGCUACGCCAACCAACUCUUAUUCUUUGCUCACCGCCAAGAUUCCAUAUGCCGAUCCUAGUAUUAAGCCAGGACUACUGUAGCUACACAUCUGUCCCGUG